AUGAUUUUCGCCAUUGAAGAAAUUAACAAGGACCCAAGGCUGCUUCCUAAUGUUACCUUAGGUUACCAGAUUUAUGACACCUGUACCAUGCCGCAUUUAACUCUGAAAUCAACUUUUGAGUUUCUAAAUAGAGGUGAAGACAAAUCUUCCAAUUGCCAAAGGUCCACUACGGUUUCAGCCAUCGUCGGUGACUCUGGAUCCUCGCAGUCUACAGCAAUGGCUACUCUAGUCGGUCCAUUCAGCGUCCCAAUGGUCAGCUACUUUUCCACCUGUGCAUGCCUGAGUAACAGGAAGGAAUAUCCAUCGUUUUUCAGAACCAUACCGAGUGACUAUUUUCAGGCAAGAGCCUUAGCCCAUCUGGUAAAGCGUUUUGGUUGGACGUGGAUCGGGACAAUUAGGAAUGAUGAUGAUUAUGGUAACUUUGGGAUGCAAGCUUUCACCGAAACUGUCCAACAAUUGGGCGUUUGCAUUGCUUUCUCUGAAUCUAUUCACAGAACCUACCACAGAGGCAAGCUACUUCGAAUCGUAGAUACUAUACGGAAAUCUUUAACCAAAGUUGUUGUGGCAUUCGUUGCGCCAGCUGAGAUGACAGUUUUAUUGAAUGAAAUCGUACUACAGAAUGUGACUGGUAUACAAUGGAUAGGAAGCGAGGCUUGGGUAUCUUCACAAUUUCUGCCCCAGGAAGAAAGUAGGUGCUUUGUCUCUGGCACAAUCGGAGUUGCAAUUCGACAGGCAGAUAUACCAGGAUUGAGAGAUUUUCUUUUGGACGUCCAUCCUUCCAUGUAUCCAGGCAACCGUUUAGUGAAGGAGUUUUGGGAAUCAACUUUCGGCUGUGUGCUGAGAGGCACAGAUAACACAACAGCUCAAGUUCCCUCCAACAAGUGGAUGGAAUGUACCGGAGGAGAGAGUUUGCGGAUGACGCACAAUGAACUUACUGAUGUCUCUCAGUACCGGGUUACUUAUAAUGUGUAUAAAGCUACAUAUGCGAUAGCCCAUGCACUUCAUGACAUGCUAUCGUGCAAAAAUGGCAAAAAUCAAUUUCUGCAAACAGGUUGUACAAAAAUCUCAAGUUUUCAACCCUGGCAGCUUCUGCAUUAUAUGAAAACAGUCAACUUCACGACCAAAAUCGGUGAAAAUGUCUAUUUUGAUCAUAAUGGAGACCCAGUGGCCACCUAUGACAUCGUAAACUGGCAACCCAACGCGGCUGGCGGCGUGGAUAUCGUCAGUGUUGGAGUCUAUGACGGAUCAGCCCCACCAGGCCAAGAAAUUUUGAUAAAGGAUGAAUCAGUUGUUUGGAGUGGAGACCAGAUUACGGCUCCAAGAGCAGUUUGCUCCGAAAGCUGCCCGAAAGGGACGAGGAAAGCAACAAGGAAAGGGCAACCCCUUUGCUGCUUUGACUGCAUAAAGUGCGCUGAUGGUGAAAUGAGUAACAUCACUGAUUCACCAGAUUGCAUUAAAUGCCCUUGGGAAUACCGGUCCAACUGGAGACGAGACGAAUGCAUUUUAAAGGACAUUGAGUUUCUUUCUUUUGGCGAUCUUUUGGGGAUUAUUUUGAUGACUUUGGCAUUUCUCGGCGCCUCCAUCACAAUAGGCGUACUUGUUUUGUUUUAUGUUCACAGAAAUACUCCAAUUGUCAAAGCCAACAACUCCGAGUUGAGCUUUUUGCUGCUUUGCGCAUUGACUCUAUGUUUUCUGUGCUCAGUGACAUUCCUUGGAGAACCUUCCCGCUGGUCUUGUAUAUUGCGUCACACAGCAUUUGGUGUCAUUUUUGUUCUUUGCAUUUCGUGUGUUUUGAGUAAAACAGUUGUUGUGGUGAUGGCGUUUAAUGCGGUCCUUCCCAGCAACAACAUGAUGAGAUGGUUUGGACCUACACAGCAGCGUUUAUCGGUGUGUGUCCUUACACUGAUGCAAUGUUUAAUAUGCACAGUCUGGCUAAGAACAUCACCUCCUUAUCCUUCAAAGAACAGUAAUUAUUUCAGUGAAAUAAUUGUUUUUGAAUGCAAUGUAGGCUCGCCGAUAGCCUUUUAUUGUGUAUUGGGUUAUAUUGGAUUUCUGUCUUGUGUGUGUUUUGUGGUUGCUUUUCUAGCUCGACAACUUCCAAACAAUUUCAAUGAAGCUAAACACAUAACUUUUAGUAUGCUUAUCUUUUGCGCUGUGUGGAUAACUUUUAUUCCAGCGUAUAUUAGCUCUCCUGGUAAAUAUGCUGUAGCUGUGGAAGUCUUUGCGAUUUUAGCAUCCAGUUAUGGAUUAAUCUUCUGUAUUUUUGCUCCCAAAUGCUUCAUUAUCCUGCUGAGAAAAGACAGAAAUACAAAGAAGCAGAUGAUGGUUAAAUGA